GUCUCAAUAACAUGUUGAUCACAGCUCAAAGGAAUAAUUGGCUUAGAGGCUUCAAGGUCAGUAGCAGGCAAGGUGAUAGCAUGGAGAUUACACAUCUGCUGUAUGCAGACGAUGCAAUUAUCCUAUGUGAUGCAGAUGCUGACCAAAUGAAGAUUUUGAGAAUCAUCCUCGCUAUUUUUGAAGGGGUGUCAGGUUUGCAUAUAAACUGGAGGAAGAGCCUAAUGUUUCCAGUAAAUGAGCCUCAACAGUUCCAGCAGUGUGUUGAUAUAUUAGGAGGAGUGGGAUCUCUGCCGACAACCUACCUUGGUAUGGCACUUGGUGCAAAUAGCAUAUCUUUGGACGUUUGGAAUGGGGUUUUAGAGAAAUGUGAGAAAAAACUCACAAGAUGGAAGAGCCAGUACCUUUCUUUGGGUGGCAGGCAAACUCACUUGAUGUCUCUUUUUCCCAUUCCUCCAAAAGUUGAGAAGAGACAGGAUAUGUUUAGAAGCAAUUUUUUGUGGCAAGGCAACAAAGAUAAAAGGGGCAUCCAUCUUGUCAAGAGGAAAAUUCUGACACUAAGCAAACAACAAGAAGGGCUUGGUAUGAAAAAUCUUAGGAAGCAGAAUCAAAGUUUACUUAUGAAAUGGCUCUGGCGGUACUCAAAUGAAGAUCAGUCACUAUGGAAGAAGGUGAUUAAAGAAAAAUAUGGGGAGGACGAUGCGUGGAAAACCAAAUCUGUCAGCACUGUCUAUGGGGUUAACAACUGGUUAGGUAAUGGCUCUCUCCGGCACCUUUAUCCAGAUGUUUACAUCCUAAAUCAGCAGCAAAGGGCCAAUAUAAAUGAGGUAUGGAAUAACCAAGGAUGGGGCCUUAGCUUCAGAAGACUUUUGAAUGACUGCGAAACAGACAGAUUCAGUGCCUUCCUCAGCACACUUAAUCUCUUCAACGGAGUCUUACCUGAGAAAGAUUAUGGUGGCUGCAAGACAAAUCAGGAGUCUUUUCAGUCAAGACAGCUUACCUUUGGAUGAAUCACAACAACAGUCUUCAAGUACAAUGGCCUUGGAGACAAAUUUGGAAGACAAACAUACCAUACAAGCUGGCAUGCUUUGUUUGGUUGGUAGUACAGUGCUUGUUUAACAAAAGACAGACUACAAAGAAGGGGGAAUACAAGUUGGCUCUAUCUGUCACUUAUGUGGACUGUAUGCAGAAACGAACAGUCACCUUUUUUUGCAUUUUAGGGUGACUACUCAAUUGUGGGACAUA